AUGCGGCGAGCGCAUCAUUCUGGCUACCAAUACCAGCCAUUGAAUCAAAAUGCGGGCGAGAUCGAAGAAGAAAACAAUCGCAUGCAAGAUGAGCUGAAGGACAAGAUUGGCGUGUUGAAGUCGCUAUCGAUAGACAUCGGCAAUGAAGUGAAAUACCAGGACAAGUUACUGCGCGAUGUUGACGACGAUCUCGAUCGAACCGGCGGCUUCCUGGGCACCACCAUGAACCGGGUGUUACGACUCUCCAAAGGCAGUCACAAUUACUACAUCAUCUACUUGUUUCUGUUCUCAAUUUUCGUAUUUUUCCUCCUGUAUAUUGUACUCAAGUUUAGAUAAUAGAAGCCCUAGAAGUGCCAAGUGGCAAUUAAUGUGGUGUGAAUGUUAAAUUAAGGUUUAAGUGUACAUAGUUUUUAAGGUUAAAGAUGUUAACGGUAACAAUGUGAUGCAAGAUAAGUGAAAUGUUAUGAAACUGGCAUGAAUGUGAAUAUUUUUUAUUCAUGGAAAUAAAGUAUUUUCUUUAUAUUUAA